UAUUGGUAAACUGUAAUUACUGUUGCAGGGAAAUUGGUGACAGCUGUUCGUAUAUGAACAUUGUAAGCCUGCCUGUGAUCAACAUGAUUGUAAAGUCUGCGUUUGGAUUAAGUUUGCCUUCUUUACAAUAGCUCUGAUGAAACUUUUUCUGGAAAUAUGUCUCGGGAAUCAACAGUUUUGAAAGGCCUGUAUACAAAUGAAAUUAUGACAAUCUAUUUUGAUCACUAGGUUUUUGAAGGACUACUUUGUGGGAAUUCUGUGAACAAAUGAGGACAGGGUGUUAACUGGAAGUGUCACGCAUUGAUUGAGGACAGAAUCUGACAAAAGCUAUUAUUGACUGGACCAUAUCAACAGAAGCUGCAGCUAGCCUUAUCAGUAAUUACUUUGGAUUAUACAGGGGAGAAAUUAGAUACAGUAAUGUAAAUAGGAUAGUGGUAUUGUCCCUGCCAAUAGGCUACUUACUUGCACAUGGGUUCAGUCAUUGAAAGUGGUUCACCGUUGACAGAUCAAUAUGGGUGGAUGUGAUUACAAACAGUAAAGUGUUGUUGACAUGUUAUACAGUUCUAUCGUUAAUCCACCUUUACGUCAUAGAAGUACUUGUUACUAAAUGUUUGUUUAGCCUUGAGGAUUAAUUAACUAGAUUAACAAAAUGAGAGCUGUUAAACUGUAAAGAGAUAUAUAAUAAGCGUACUGUGAGAUUAUCCUUUGGAUUUAUUAGUGUGUGAGACUUGCGGAUUUUAAAAUGUACAUCUGUAUGACAGGCGUGACGAGUGCACGGGCUAACGAAGAACUUUUACGCCAGGUAGCAAGGUCUAGAUCUAUUGGGGGAACAGCCAAUGACCACUCAGGUAGACCGGUAAAGGUAACCACCCUACAAUCAGUGGGGGGCUCCAUUGUUCGACGCCAACGAUCACUUCGACGAAAUGAAGAAGAGUUGAUCAAGCGUUCCCGUGCCCAGUCAAAUUCGUACGAGUUGUCACAGGACCUACAAGACAAGCAGGUUGAGAUGCUAGAGAGGCGCUAUGGUGGAUCAAUAAAAUCUCGCCGAGCUGCCAAAAUUAUUCAACGAGCCUACAGGCAGUAUUCUAUGAACAAAAACUUUCAAAAGCUGAGAAAUUCUGUUGCAGAGCGAAGACAUUCAAAGUUAGGUCGAAGCAACACGGUAUGGUCAGAUAGGGUUUUCACUGAUGCUCAAUACACAAUGGGUGCCACUGUCAUUCCUAAUGGAGAUCUAACAAACAAACGAAGCGGUGACUUGUAUUCCAAUGACCCUAGGAAACGUUUGACGGAAACUUCUGAUCAACCACGAGUACUACAACAAAUGAGUCUCGAUCAAGGGUACAAUCAUUUUGACAUGCAAAAGAUUCGUACUUCAAGGCGCGAUAAAAGGUUAGAAAGAUGUCACGAAGUAGACUUGACAGACAACGGUCAUCAUUUGGAUGUGAGACGUAAAACAGGGGAGGAGAAUAACAACAGAAACUCUUGUCCAGAGAUGAACGAUAGUAGUGCUAGUGAUUCACCGCAAGUUACCCCAUUUGUGAGUGCUACAGAUAUUCAUAGUUUAGAUUUUGAAACAUUAGUUGAAAAUAAAGCCACAGAUGUUUUAACGGACAGUUUCCAUAGUGAUGCUAGUCAUGAUGUAACAGUGCUUGGGUUCCAAAGAGCGUCUGGGGUAUCCUUGACCUCAAACAUGAGUACGGACACUCUCGGUAGCAACAGGAGCAUUAACUCAUCAUACGAGAACUUCCGACAGUUGGAGUCGAGCGACAGUUCGUCGAUUACCAGCAGUCAGACGGACGUGCACAAGGACGUGUCACCGGACAGGUCAAGGACUCGAGAUCAAAAAUUAAUGCAAGAACAAACUGUUAGGUACUUAAUGAAUAGUUCAGAGGUAAAGUACAGGUCGAGAAAAGACUCUGGUCAGGGUGAGCCCAAUAGUUCUAGUAGUAGAAAACCAACUGUUUCUAGUCGUGCACCCGAGAUAUCCCCUAUAUGGAAACGUAAAAAUGGAAAUUUAAAUGGGUCCACUGGAUCUAUAAGCAAAUUGGAUGCUAAGCGCAUGAGUAACAUUUCCGAAACCAGUGAACCAGACAGUGAAAAUCAUUACUCGAGUUCUCCUAGUUCAGAAAACGUGAGUGCGGAUAAUAACAGUAUUGGAAGUGAUAGUAUAACUUAUCAGCGACGUAUGCGAGGACUUAGUGUUACGCCUGACCAUCCUCAUGCAGUUCCAAAGUCAUCUGACAAGCAAAGAAAACGUGUCUAUAGAAUAGGAUUAAACCUCUUUAAUAAAAAACCGGAGAAGGGCCUGACAUUUCUGUGUGAGCAUGGUUUCAUCAACGAGUCGCCCGACAUGGUGGCGCGGUUCCUGAUCACCAGGAAGGGCCUGAGCAAGCAGAUGAUAGGAGAGUACCUGGGGAACCUGCAGAACCAAUUCAACAUGGACGUGCUCUGUGUCUUUGCAGAGGAGAUAGAUCUGUCUGGUAUGCAGGUGGACAUGGCGCUCAGGAAGUUCCAGUCCUACUUCAGGAUGCCUGGUGAAGCUCAGAAGAUAGAAAGACUGAUGGAGGUGUUUGCCGAGCGUUAUACCCAGUGCAACCCGGAUCAAGUGAAAAACUUCACCAACCCCGACACAGUGCUACUUCUGGCUUUUGCCAUAAUCAUGUUGAACACUGAUCUACACAACGCCAGCAUUAAAGCAGAGCGCAAAAUGAAACAGGAGGACUUUGUGAAGAACUUACGAGGUAUUGAUGAUGAUGAUGACGUGGACAGAGACCUGUUGGUGGGGAUUUAUGAUCGCGUGAAGGCCCAGGAAUUCCGCCCAGGAGUCGAUCACGUGACCCAGGUCAUGAAAGUGGAACAGACCAUUGUUGGGAACAGAAAACCCGCUCUUGCUCUACCCCACCGGCGGCUGGUGUGCUACUGUAGACUGUACCAGGUCCACGACCCAAACAAGAAAGAGAAGAUCGGCCUACAUCAGAGAGAGGUCUUUCUCUUCAACGAUUUGUUGCUGGUGACCAAGAUAUUUAGCAAGAAGAAGAGUGGGAUCACGUAUUCCUUCAAGCAGUCGUACUCCCUGUGUGAUAUGCAAGUGUACCUCUUUGAAACAACUCAUUACACGUUUGGCAUACGCUUAGUGAACAACCUGGAUAACAAGGUCCUCAUCACAUUCAACGCUCGCAAUGAUCACGAUCGACAGAAGUUUGUCGAAGAUCUCAAAGAAGCUAUUUUAGAGUGCAAUGGAAUGGAAGCAAUGAGAAUAGACGAACAGCAACGUCACAAUCCACAACACGUUCCACUUGAUCGCCAUUACUCAAAUGAUGAUACGCGCAUCACAAUGUUCGACUACAUGAAGACAUCGGAUCCCAACUCUAAUAGGUUGUCUGCUCCUGAUUACAGUGGCUUGAAGCAGUCGUACCCCUUGUCCAACUCUCUCACUGACCUCUGUGCAGCUCAAGCAAUGCGCCGGGGAAGCAGCGGGGGAUCUCUGGAUAGUGGAGUGCACUCUGGCAGUACAGGCAGUGCCAACUCGACAGAGCUUUCCUUCGGUAGCCAUGGUAGCCAGUCAAGCCUGAUGAAGGGCCUUGCGCUUACCACCUCUGCGGUCACCAACACGUCCAAGAUGGCAGUUGGGCAACCCAGGGCAAAGGCAAGCGCCUCCACCUUGAAACAGCGCCCAGUGCCAGAGGGGACGGAGGUGUGAGCUGCUUGGACAAGUACAGACUGGAUUUGGUCCCAGAUUAGUUUGUGGGAUGCUGGUCCCAGACUGGUUUAGUGUGACAUAGGUCCCAGACUGGCAUGUGUGACAUAGGUCCCAGAUUGAUUUGUGGUACGAAGGUACCAGACAAGGUUUGUGGGAUGUAGGUCCCAGACUGGUUUGUGUGACAUAGAUCCCAGACUGGUUUGUGGGACGUAGGUCGCAGACUGGUUUGUGGGACGCUGGUCUAGUGCAUGGGACACCCGGACAUGAGAAUGGUAACAAGGUCAAGUGGAACGAGGUUCAGACGAGUUGGAGAGAUAUGUGACGACCAGUAUUCCAGCAGAAUCCAGUGUAGAGGAUCUAUAUUGAAGGUUAUUUAUACCAAAAACUAUGUUGUGGACCAGGGAUGCUAGUGAUGCAAGCAAAUGGGGCAUGAAAUAACAAUGCUCUGCAAUUACUUGAUUUAAUUAACAGAAUCAAAUAUUUACUGAAAUAUACUUUCAGUGGUUACUUCUGUAUAACCAAUGUAUUUAUUUUGCCAGUUAUGUGCAAUCGUACAUUAUUUAUGCAUAUAUUAUGCUAUGUUGUCAAUUAUUUUACCAUAAAUCUGAUCUUGAACACAAUUUUACAGAAAUCCAGGACAAGUUUAAGGAUAUAAUCCUGAGGAUUGGAAAAUAUCUGUCUCCUUUUAUUCAUAUGCUCCCACAAUGGACGCUGCCUGUGCUAUCUGAGUACACCAUUUAAAACACUGAUAUAUAAAGUAAAGAGAGGAGUUGAACUGAGGCUCUUCAUGUGUUUUUUUAGUAAGCUGAUUAACAGUAAGGUAUCAAAAUAUGUACAUUUUAUCAUUCCUUUAAUCUUUUAAUGGUGUGUUUAAAGCAUAAAAUUGUCCUCGUCAGCAAUAAAUAAGACAUUAUACACAGUGGCUUGAAUUGAACAUGGUAAAAGACAGCUGCAUAUUUAUUGACAUUUUUUAAUAACUGAAGUUUGCGUAUAAAAAUGUAAAACCUGGGUAACUUUAGUAUACUGGUCAUGUACAGUAGUGUCACACACAAAUCCCGAUGAAUCAGUGCCAUUCUAGAACCAUUAUAUCAUUAUAUGAAAAUGUGUUGAUAAUCGCCAUAGGAACAUAAAUGUUAAUUUGUAUUGUUCAUCAAUUUACAUACACCAGAACUUAUUACACAGGACCAAUUUUAAAUGAGCAUGUUUAUUGUGUUUUAUGUACAGUAAAUGUGUAUAUACUUUCUUAGACAAUAUUUAUGUAUUAUUAACCAUAUUCUUACGUAGUUCAAGGAGAACUCGUACCAAUGUGCAAUCAAUUUGUAGAUAGAUGUAAAUGUAAUGUUAUAUUAAUCAUGAAGCACACACAUGAAAUUUUAUUAUACUAAAUUUUGUGUUGAUUGGAUGAUAUUUUAUGUAUUUGUUGUUUAAAAUGCAAUUGUACAAAUAUCGUGUAAUGCACGAUUUUAGUAUUUUACAUCUUUCAUUGUUGUUGGGGCUUGAUUGUUAUUGUUUUGUCUUUGUUUUUAUAAGUAAUCGGUACUAUUGGAAAAAGUGUGUACAUUGUUUAAACACCACAAAGGUUAGUACUGAGAACGAAAUUGUACAUAUUGCGUAGUCUCCAUGUUAAUUGAUGGGUGAUAUCAUGUGUGUAAUGCCAUGUGUACAUAUGGUUACUUUUACACUCCUAUUCUUUCCCCAGCAAUGGAAUUGUGUAUUAGUAUCUGUUAUAAAACAGAGCAAUAAAGAAUGGAAGAUAA